AUGCUUCCAACAUCUAAAUCGCCAUUUGAUUUGAUCUCCGCUGAGACUGUUGCAGAAGGAAAAGCGAGUAUAAUUCUUCCAUCCAAUGUUUUUUAUAAUCCUGUGCAAGAAUUUAACAGAGAUUUGUCCAUUGUUGUUAUAUCUGCGUACCGGCAAUAUUUGUUGGAUUCAACAAAUUCUGAGACAACAAGCAGAUUGAAGCAUCCAAUGAAGCCUGGUUUUAAAAUCUUGGAAGCAUUAGCGGCCACUGGCCUAAGAUCAAUCAGAUUCGCAUUAGAAAUACCAGAUGUAAAAAUUAUUAUAGCAAAUGAUUUCGAUGUGAGUGCUGUUAAUUACAUCAGUAAAAAUGCUGAACUAAAUAAAGUGAGUCACAUUGUUACUCCCAACUGUGCGGAUGCUACAAUGUAUAUGUAUGAAAAUAGAAAAUUUGAUGACAGAUUCCAUGUUGUUGAUCUGGAUCCAUAUGGUUCACCUACUCAGUUUCUUGAUGGUGCAGUUCAAUGUGUAGCUGAUGGGGGAAUUUUAUUGGUUACAUGCACAGACAUGGCAGUGCUUUGUGGUAAUGCUCCAGAAACUUGUCAUUCAAAGUAUGGUUCUUUAUCCAUCAGAUCACGCUUUUGUCAUGAGAUGGCCUUAAGGAUUUUACUUAGAAGUAUUGAGUCACAUGCCAAUAAAUAUUCUCGAUAUAUUGUUCCACUUCUUUCAAUCAGUGUUGACUUUUAUUGCAGAGUUUUUGUUCAAUUAUUCACAAGCCAAAGUAAAGUAAAAGAAUCAGCAACAAAAUUAUCAUACAUUUUUUAUUGCACUGGUUGCGGAUCGUUUCAUCUUCAAAAAUUGUGUGAUAAAACUCAAGCUGGAAGGAAUAUUAAUAACUUCAAGUAUAUAGCACCUGCUAGUCCUCCGGUCGGUGAGCAAUGUAAUAAUUGUAAGGGAAAACAUGUUUUUGCUGGUCCUAUUUGGUCUGAUCCAAUACACAAUAAUCAUUUCAUCCAACAGCUAAUCAGUUUAACUGAAAAAAGAAAGUCUGAAUUUAAAACAAGUGAUAGAGUAAUUGGCAUGCUUUCAGUAAUUUCUGAAGAGUUGCAUGAUGUUCCUCUAUAUUACGAUAUUGACCAUCUUUGCACUGUUCUACACUGUACUAGCAUUGGAUUUCUACCAAUAAGGUCAGCUUUGCUGAACAGUGGUUUCAGUGUUUCCUUAUCUCAUGCAGAAAAAAAUUCUCUGAAAACAAAUGCACCUAUGGCCAUUAUUUGGGAUAUUUUAAGGUGCUGGGUUAAAAACAACCCGAUCAAUCAAAAGAGGUGCCCUGAAGGUUCAGUUGUGCACAACAUUCUUGCUCAUGAAAUAACUUUUGUGGCUGAUUUUACGUUACACCCUAAAGCCAAUCCUCCUUCAAGAUCAAAUGGUCUUCUCAGAUGGCAAGUAAAUCCAGAAAAAUAUUGGGGACCAAAACCAAGAGCAAGAAGAACUGAUAAAAACGCAGACACAGUACAUCAACAACCUCUUGACAACUCAAGGGUCUGGUUUUAA